AUGACUUUAUCUCCUCUUAAUCCUGAUCUCUUCUACCCUAUCACGAGUUGGCCAUGGGGGGUUAGUCAAGAUGAAGAUCCAAACAUCUAUCAUUAUCUCCAUCACAACAACAACGUUAAUAACAACAACAUCCUUCCCUACUACCCUCCUCAAACCUCAGAAUCAUCAAUCGUUUUCGCCGAUCCUCCUCCUCAACAACAACAACAACUGAUCAUCAACAACAACAAUGAAAUGAAGGUUAAUUCAUCCGAGACAGGAAACGUAACACCAACCUCAUUGAAGGCGAAGAAACUCAAUCACAACGCCAGUGAACGCGACCGUCGCAAGAGAAUAAACGAUUUGUAUUCCUCCCUCCGUUGUCUUCUUCCUGCAUCUGAUCAUAAGAAGAAACUGAGCAUACCGGCGACGGUUUCACGAGUGGUGAAAUACAUACCUGAGCUUCAGAAGGAAGUUGAGAAGCUAAUCAUUGAGAAGGAGGAAAUAACUUCGAGGAUUUGUAAAGAGAAGAAACCAUCGAUGAAGAAGAAGAUGUCAUGUAAUUACUCGAAUGUGAAUAUUACUGUAAGGGAAAUGGGAGAGAGAGAGAUUACGAUUCAGAUUCUGGCGCCGGCGGAUGAUGAUGAUGAUGAGUCGGAGAAGAGGCGGUUUGCCCAAGUUCUGCAAACCCUAGAAGAAGAUGUUGGUUUGAUCUUGUUGGGUGUUUCUUGUUUUACUUCUGGGAAGAGGCUGUUUCGAAAUAUUCAUUUGAUCAAGGUAUAUAUUUUCUUGUUUUUUUAAUCAUGAAAAAUAUUAAUAUUUAAU